ACCAGCAAAAUGCGUUUCUUCAUGUGCACAAUUCUCUUAAUGGGUGGAAGAGGAAGGAAUGAAAUGCUCUUCAGCUUUUCAUUUCUGAUAUUUCUGCUGGGGGCAUCUUAUUCCCAGACAGAUAGAUUAAUUCAAGGCCAAGUGCUCAAAGAUGGGGAUCAGCUGGUUUCUGCUUUUGGGAACUUCAGGUUGGGAUUCUUUAGCCCUAGAAAUGCGAGAAACCGUUACUUAGGAAUAUGGUACUAUAAGCCUAAAGAGAGGAACUCGUUGGACAACGUUUAUGAUUAUCCUUAUUGCAACAUAUAUUAUGGUGCGCAGUAUGCUGUGAAGAAGAGGAUUCAGCCUGUGUGGGUUGCCAACAGGAAUUACCCAAUCUCAGACAAUUCUGGAAAACUUAUAAUAGACAGCGCUGAUGGCAAUUUGAAAAUUUUACACAGCAAGGGGAAUCCUAUUGUUAUUACUUCAUUUCAAGCAACGGAAAAUACAAGUGCUACUCUGGAGAAAAAUGGAAAUUUUGUGGUGUAUGGAAUGUAUUCAAAUGGAUCUAAGCGAGAGUUGUGGCAAAGCUUUGACUAUCCAACUGAUACGCUUCUUCCAGGCAUGAAACUGGGAAUUAAUUUGCAAACUGGGCAUAAAUGGUUUCUGCAGUCUUGGAUUACAGAAGAUUCUCCAGCCCAAGGGUCAUUCACACUUGGCAUGGACCCCAAUGUCACGAACCAGCUAGUCAUAUGGUGGAACGGCGAAGUGUUGUGGAAGAGUAGGCUUUGGCGAAAUGGGCUCAGCAGCAGCAGCUUCAUAAAUUCUCAGAGUUACCACUUCGUCUAUAAUUUCAUAUACACCACAAAUGAACAAGAAAAGUACUUCAGUUAUUCUGUAAAUGAAGACAACACAUCGUUUCCAAUACUAAAAAUUAGUUCCAUUGGUGAUCUCAAGGAUGACGUAGGAUCGUUGGUUACAAAUGAGCUGGACGACUAUCGUUACUGUGGGGAAGGUUAUACCUAUUAUAAUGCCAGAGAAGGCUUCAUGUCUGGAGAAGGAUUCCAGUUCAAAGAUAUUGACAACAUGACCAUAGAUCAUUGUAAAGCCAAAUGCAUGAAGAAUUGUUCUUGUGUUGCCUUUGCUAGUACCAAUGCAAACAACAAUACCGGCUGUGAGAUUUGGAGCAGAGGAUCGGAUUUCACAGACUCUUUGAGCAGCAAUUAUCGCACAAUAUACAUGGAAGUCUUUGAAAACCCUGGAUUUGGAUCCAUAAUGAAUGCAGAAAAGAAGAAGUGGUGGAUAAAGCUCAUCAUUGGGGUAGUAGUAGCUCUAGUGGUACCCCUUCUGCUUUACUUAUGCUAUCGGAUACGGAGAAAAUACAAGGCUGAAGAGGAGAAGUGGUGGAUGUCAUUAGGAAUAGUCUUAGUUAUACCUCUGUUAUGCUACUAUAGCUAUUUGACAGGAAAAAAACUCAAGACUAAAGUGGAAAGCAUAUGGAAUCGAUGGAAACUGUUACAUGAACUUGGAGACAACAUCUCAGUAUCACUUCCCAUAACAUUUGGGAAACGAAAAUCCCAACAUAAAGAACCGAAAAAUGAACUGAAGAUAUUCGAUUUUCAAGUCAUUGCUGCAGCUACAAACAAUUUCUCACCAGAAAAUAAGCUGGGACAGGGAGGUUUUGGUCCAGUUUAUAAGGGACAACUACUGGAUGGGCAAGAAACAGCAAUAAAGAAGCUCUCAAAAAGUUCAGGUCAAGGAAUAGAGGAGUUCAAGAACGAAGCUAAACUCAUUGCAAAACUCCAGCACACUAAUCUUGUAAGGCUUCUAGGAUGUUCACUUCAUGGUGGAGAAAGAUUUUUAGUAUAUGAGUACUUGCCUAAUAAAAGCUUGGAUUUCUUUCUAUUUGAUUCUAGCAGAAAAAACAUUCUGAAUAUGAAAAAACGUUUAAGUAUAAUUGAAGGAAUCGCUCAAGGACUUAUUUAUCUUCACAAGUAUUCAAGACUUAAAGUGAUUCACAGAGACUUGAAAGCCGGCAACAUUUUAUUGGAUGAACAAAUGAAUCCAAAAAUAUCAGAUUUUGGCAUGGCAAGAGCUUUUGCAGUGAAUGAGGUAGAAGCAAACACAAAAAGAAUUGUUGGAACACACGGCUACAUGUCUCCAGAGUACGUAUUUAAUGGCGUUGUCUCAAUGAAAACUGAUGUAUAUAGCUUUGGAGUCAUGGUAUUAGAAAUUGUGAGUGGCAAGAAGAACAAUGGCUGCUAUGAUACAGAACGCCCACUCAACCUUGUUGGAUAUGCAUGGCAACUGUGGAGUGAAGGUAAAGCUUUAGAAUUAAUAGAGGAAACAAUGGAUGAAUCUUGCUCACCCCCUGAAGUGCUUAGGUACCUUAAUAUUGGUCUCCUGUGCGUUCAAGACCAGGCAAAAGAUAGACCAACAAUGUCAGAGGUUGUUUCCAUGCUUACCAACGAGACCAUGGUUCUACCUGCACCAAAGAAACCAGCAUUUUUCAUUAAUAAUAGUAUUUCUGAAGAGCUUAAAGUUUCUGAAAACAAGUUUGGAAAUUGUUCUGCAAAUAAUGUAACAAUUUCUGAGAUGCAAGGAAGAUACUCUUCCGAGAAAAGUCUUCCAUUGUUCUUUUACUUCUUAAUUCAUUGUAUAAGCCUGUACAUGAGCAAAAUGCGUUUCUACAUGUACACAAUUCUAUUAAUGGGUAGAAGAGGAAGGAAUGAAAUGCUCUUCAGCUUUUCAUUUCUCAUAUUUCUGCUGGGGGCAUCUUAUUCCCAGACAGACAGAUUAACUCCAGGCCAAGGGCUCAAAGAUGGGGAUCAGCUGGUUUCCGCUUUUGGGAAUUUUAGGUUGGGGUUCUUUAGUCCUGAAGGUACGAGGAACCGUUACUUAGGAAUUUGGUACUAUACACCUAGGGAUAGGAGGCGUGCCUGUUGCGAAGAAUACAAUUGCUACACAUACGACACCUAUUUUUCAUCUAAUGCGCGAAACAACGGCCUUCAGCCAGUGUGGGUUGCCAAUAGAAAUUACCCAAUCUCAGACAAAUCUGGAAAACUUAUAAUAGACAGCGCUGAUGGCAAUUUGAGAAUUUUACACAGCAAGGGAAAUCCUAUCGUUAUAACUUCAUUUCAAGCAGCAGGAAAUACAAGUGCUACUCUGGAGAAAAAUGGCAAUUUUGUGGCAUAUGAAAUGUAUUCAAAUGGAUCUAAGCGAGAGUUGUGGCAAAGCUUUGACUAUCCAACUGAUACGCUUCUUCCAGGCAUGAAACUGGGAAUUAACUGGCAAACUGGGCAUCAAUGGUUUCUGCAAUCUUGGAUUACCUAUGAUUCUCCAGCCCAAGGGUCAUUUACACUUGGCAUAGACCCCAAUGUCACAAACCAGCUAGUCAAAUGGUGGCACCGCGAAGUCUCGUGGAAGAGUAGUCUUUGGAAAGAUGGGAUCAGCAGCAGCAGCUUCAUAAAUUCUGAGACUGAUCACUUCGUCUAUACAUUCAUAUACACCACAAAUGAACAAGAAACGUACUUCAAUUAUUCUGUAAAGGAAGAAGACACAUCGUUUCCAAUACUAAAAAUUAGUUCCAGUGGUGUUCUCGAGGAUGACCUAGGAUGGUUCAUUACAGAGAAGCCGUUUAACUAUCCUUACUGUAGGAAAGAUUACAUUUAUUUUAAAGCCAGAGAAGGUUUCAUGUCUGGAGAAGGAUUCCUGUUCAUAGAUAUUGACAACAUGACCAUAGAUCAGUGUCGAGCCAAAUGCAUGCAGAAUUGUUCUUGUGUUGCCUUUGCUAGCACAAAUAGAAACAAUAAUACCGGCUGUGAGAUUUGGAGCAGAGGGUCUAAUUUCACAGACUCUCUGAGCGGCAAUUAUCGCACAAUAUACAUGGAAAACUUUGACGGAAUAAGGCGGCCAGAAGCGACGAGCGAAGACUUUGAAGACCCUGGAUUUGGAUCCAUAAUCAAUGCAGAAAAGAAGAAUUGGUGGAUAAAGCUCAUCAUUGGGGUAGUUGUAGCUCUAAUGGUACCCCUUCUGCUUUACUUAUGCUAUCGAAUACGGAGAAAAUACAAGGCUGCAGAGGAGAAGUGGUGGAUGUCACUAGGAAUAGUCUUAGUUAUACCUCUGUUCUGCUACUAUAGCUAUUUGACAGGAAAAAAACUCAAGACUAAAGUGGAAAGCAUAUGGAAUCGAUGGAAACUGUUACAUGAACUUGGAGACAACAUCUCAGUAUCACUUCCGAUAACAUUUGGGAAACGAAAAUCGCAACAUAAAGAACAGAAAAAUGAACUGAAGAUAUUCGAUUUUCAAGUCAUUGCUGCUGCUACAAACAAUUUCUCACCAGAAAAUAAGCUGGGACAGGGAGGUUUUGGUCCAGUUUAUAAGGGACAACUACUGGGUGGGCAAGAAAUAGCAAUAAAGAAGCUCUCAAAAAGUUCAGGACAAGGAAUAGAGGAGUUCAAGAAUGAAGCUAAACUCAUUGCAAAACUCCAGCACACUAAUCUUGUAAGGCUUCUAGGAUGUUCACUUCAUGGUGGAGAAAGAUUUUUAGUAUAUGAGUACUUGCCUAAUAAAAGCUUGGAUUUCUUUCUAUUUGAUUCUAGCAAAAAAAACAUUCUGAAUAUGAAAAAACGUUUAAGUAUAAUUGAAGGAAUCGCUCAAGGACUUAUUUAUCUUCACAAGUAUUCAAGAUUUAAAGUGAUUCACAGAGACUUGAAAGCCAGCAACAUUUUAUUGGAUGACCAAAUGAAUCCAAAAAUAUCAGAUUUUGGCAUGGCAAGAGCUUUUGCAGUGAAUGAGGUAGAAGCAAACACAAAAAGAAUUGUUGGAACACACGGCUACAUGUCUCCAGAGUACGUAUUUAAUGGCGUUGUCUCAAUGAAAACUGAUGUAUAUAGCUUUGGAGUCAUGGUAUUAGAAAUUGUGAGUGGCAAGAAGAACAAUGGCUGCUAUGAUACAGAACGCCCACUCAACCUUGUUGGAUAUGCAUGGCAACUGUGGAAUGAAGGUAAAGCUUUAGAAUUAAUAGAGCAAAAAAUGGAUGAAUCUUGCUCACCCCCUGAAGUGCUAAGGUACCUUAAUAUUGGUCUCCUGUGCGUUCAAGACCAGGCAAAAGAUAGACCAACAAUGUCAGAGGUUGUUUCCAUGCUUACCAACGAGACCAUGGUUCUACCUGCACCAAAGAAACCAGCAUUUUUCAUUAAUAAUAAUAUUUCUGAAGAGCUUAAAGUUUCUGAAAACAAGUUUGGAAAUUGUUCUGCAAAUAAUGUAACAAUUUCAGAUAUGGAAGGAAGAUAGAAAUAGUUGUGUGGGCACAAAGGUGAUAAUUAUUUAGGUUGACAAAUUACUAAUUAUUUUCUUUAUCAGAUUAUUUUCUAAAAUUGAAAAAUUUACCUGUCGUCAAAGAUGGCACUAGCUAGUUUGCAGAGAUUAGUUUAAAUGUUAUUUUGCCUUUACAGUAUAAUUCAAGUUAAUAAAACUUUGAGCUUCUCAUGUUUCAUA